AUGGAGUGCCAGAUCUCCCAGGCCCUGAACGGAGUCUCCGACAAAGCAAAAGAUGCGAAAGAGUUCCUGAUCCAACUGAAGAACCUUCUGCAGCAGAUACAGGAGAACGGCGUGGAGUUUGAAGCCUGCCUCGUGGCUCAGUGCGACUCUCUGAUCGAGGCGCUCACCAGACAGAAAGCCAAGCUGCUCACCAAAGUCACCAAAGAGAAGGACUACAAGCUCAAGGUGGUGCGUGACCAGAUCACCCACUGCACCAUGAAGCUGCGUCAGACCACCGGCAUGAUGGAGUUCUGCCUGGAGGUCCUCAAAGAGAACGACCCCAGUGGAUUCCUCCAGAUUUCAGACCCUUUGAUUAAGCGGGUCACAUCGUCUCAGGACCAGUGGGUGAAAGGGGCCCUGGAGCCAAAAGUAGGCUCUGAGUUUGACCUCACCCUCAACACCGACGUGCUGCUGCAGACCAUCCUGCAGCUGGACUACUGCCAGGGCAAAGAUGUGCAGGAGAGUCCGUUAUUUAAACAAAUGCAGGCAGCAGACAGUGAGGCUGAGAUGGAGACAGAAAGCCCCGGAGUGGAGUGCGGCCCCUCGGUGCCGGUGGCCCCCCUCCUGCAGCUGGAGAAGUGCUGCACCCGAGACAACAGCGCCACCCUGGCCUGGAGGGUGAUCGCACCCAGCCCCAUCGAGGGAUACAUCCUGGAGCUGGACGACGGCAACGGAGGACAGUACAGGGAGGUGUACGUGGGGAAGGAGACGGUGUGCACGGUGGACGGCCUCCACUUCAACAGCUCCUACAACGCCAGGGUGAAGGCUUACAACGCUGUGGGGGUCGGGCCCUACAGCAAGACUGUGGUGCUCAAGACCUCCGAUGUGGCCUGGUUCACCUUUGACCCCAGCACAGCUCAUCGGGACAUCGUUCUGACCAAUGACAACCAGACGGUGAGCUGCAGCAGCUACGACGACCGCGUGGUGCUGGGGACCGCCGCUUUCUCCAAGGGCAUCCACUACUGGGAGGUCCGCGUGGAUCGCUAUGACAACCACCCGGACCCUGCAUUUGGCAUCGCGAGGAUCAACACGAUGAAGGACAUGAUGCUUGGGAAGGAUGAUAAAGCAUGGGCGAUGUACGUGGACAACAACCGAUCCUGGUUCAUGCACAACAACUCCCACACCAACAGGGCGGAGGGAGGCAUCGCUAAGGGCUCCACGGUGGGCAUCCUGCUGGAUCUGAACAAACACACUCUGACCUUCUACAUCAACAAGGUGCAGCACGGACCCACCGCCUUCGAGAGCCUGGACGGGGUCUUCGUGCCCGCCGUCAGCAUCAACAGAAACGUGCAGGCGACCAUACUGACGGGCCUGGAGCUGCCCAAAAAUUCAAAGCAGUAGGAGACCCUCCCUCACAACCAUGUCACAGGCAGUUUGCUCCCACAUUUUGAGUCACAUCAGAUGAGAUUCUGCCCUAUCCGAUCCCUCUCAAGGUGCCCUUUCUCUUGGAUACACUUCAACAUGAAACCCUGCUCCAAAAUGUGGGAUGAAAGAAUAACAUCAUGGUUUCUAUUGGCUAUAUAACUACAGAGAGAACUGGAGUUACCGUGGAUUGCCAUACUUUUUUCACAUCGCAGAUUUAACUCCUCAAACUCCGGGAUGCUACCAUCUUUUCUUUUUCCAGCUUUUCAACAAAAAGGAAAUCACAGCCUUUUCCUCCAGACCUGAGACUAAACCAAUCCGCCCUCGCAGUGACUGAAAUGGAGAUUCCCGCGUUGUGCAGUGAAACAAUGUUGUGCUUUUAAGUUCUCUAUUUAUCUUUCAAACGUACCAUCAGGAGAAACCAUCACCAUCCGUUUCUAAAGCUCCUGGAGAACAAAGUGCUUUUAGGAAGAGCAGGAGAAAAGGAAUCCUCGGUGCUUACUGUUGCUCCGCCUCUCUCUCAGGUGUCUUUACAGCUCUCAAGGUAAAACUAUGAAGAGAGUGUUUUGUAGUAGCGGCACCGCAGGAUGUUUUUCACUCAUGGAAUAUUUAAAAGCUUCUCUUUCAGCGUUAUCUUUCGUGGCUCCGUCAGCGCGGCCUGUUCUGGUUUUCCUCCUUCUUUAUCGCAUUCAAAGGUUGUUUGGUGCCGUUUGUCAAAAAGGUUUACACACCAAACGCUGGGAAGGAUUGGGCUCGACUCCAUUUCAUUUUUCAGAGACAGAUCUGCAGGGCAUGGGAAACCCUGCAGGGGAAACAGGUCUUAUUUAGUUACUUUGCUUUUGUGCUUUCUUUUGUCAGUCAGUGCGUGUCUCGUGAGGAUUUGUUGUGCAAUUUGAAGGUGGCUUGUCAUCUUUUUUUUUUUUUUAAAUGGAGGACUUUUAAAGGGGCCAUUUUAUACUUUUUCUUUUUUUAACAGUAUAUAGGUUUUAGUGCAUGUAAAUGGUCUGCAAAGGCUAAAAUCCUAAAGUUACCUCCAGAGGGAGUUUCUCUCGCCCCUUUAACAUCUAUAUAGAGUUUGGACUGAUGAAUUCAUCGAUCCGAAGACUCCAUGUUUUAAUGGCUGGAUUUAAAUUGAACAUAAACGUUGGGAUCCUCACUUUUGGGGCGGUGGUGGCGAAGUCCAUAGGGACUUGGCUUGGCAACUGGAAGGUCACCAGUUCAAGUCCCGGCAAGACCAAGUGCUACCGAGGUGUCCCUGAGCAAGGCACCGUUCCCUACACUGCUCCCCGGGCGCCGUUCAAAAUGGCAGCACACUGCUCCUAACACUAGGAUGGGUCAAAUGCAGAGAAACAAUUUCCCCACAGGGAUUAAUAAAGUAUAUCAAUCAAUAUUUAAAUUUAAAAAUUAAGUUAUUUUCAAAUAACAUUGUCUGAAUAGCAGAAUGACUAAACGGCAUGUCAUUGAGAUAAAUGUUAAAAUAUGCGUGUCGUUUUUUUUUUGUUCAUUUGGUUUCCAAAACGACACAGUUGUGUGUACCUCUUCUAGUUGAAUGAAUCAAAGUCAGGUGAAAAGGGUUGAUUCAUUUCCUUCCUUGAUGCUUUCCCUGCAGCCUCUCCCAGCUCUGGAUUCACCUCGUCUUCGAGGAAAUAUUUCCACCUCGAGGGAUGGAUUCCAACAACAAACUGGGCCUCUCUCUUUUUUGUUUUGUUUCAUAAGACCAAGAGCUACUAUAAUAUAUCAAAAGGUGGACGAGGAGAGUGCGGUUGUCUCGUGGUAAUUUCCCUCUGUGCUCAUCUCUCAGUCUCUCUGUAGAAUCGCUUUCAGGCAUCUGAGAUGUGUCGUGCUCAAAAAGUCACAUCAGGUGAAGCUGCAUGCUGCACUUCUCACCUGAGGAGUAGCUUCAACAUUCAACCACACCACUGUGACUACGGUUAAAAUAUGUUUGUUUUACAUUACCCAUGUAUAUAUAAUUCAUUGCAGUGGAGGAUGGAAAUGUUUAAAUUAAUCUUUUUAACCUAUCUGAAAUAUGUAUAACCCCUAUAAUGUUGUGAGUGAGAGAGAAGACACCUGCCAUACAGAAAGUGGGUUUUUGAGAGAAUGGAAAUCAACAAGAAGUGUAAAUACUGAUGAUGAUGUGUGAUAUAAAGCAUGGAUUAAGCGUUGAACAAGUUUACAAAAUAUCUGAGGCUGUAUUGUAAAUAGUGGUCUGUAUUUCUGUCUUUGAGUGAUGUGAAAGCCAAUUGUUACGACAGCUCGCCCCCUGCUGGUGGGCCGUGGCAACGACAGGAUUAAUGAACUAAUCCUGUUUGAUCUCAGUUGACUGUAUAUAGAGUUGUCAGAUUAUUUUACUCUCACUCGUUUGAUCAGCUUUCAUGAUAUUCAAAAGUCUAAUCAGGGACACAAAAUAGCGGUCAUUUACAUUUUACAAGAUUUUAUAUCAAAUAUCUGUGAUUGCAGGGAGCAAAUACAUCUUAGUUACCCAACCUGUAUUAUUUUUAACUCGCAGUUUAACACCAACUUCAAAUAUGGCAGGUAACAGAGAUAAUAAUAAUAUAGGUAGGCCUAUUGCUCAUUGGAAUUAAUGAGGUCUUCUUUCAAUACAACAGCAGGGACAUUAUAAAAUGUGUUAACCUGUACCUUAUUUUUUUAAAGAAUCAAUUUAAUUGUAGAACAAUAGAGUAGAAUAAGGUAAUAUCUUUCAUUUUUGUAUUCAAAAAGUACUACUACUGAAGAAUAUUUAGAGAGCUUUUUGUUGGGAGAUGGUAUUAUGUAUUUAUUUAUCAUGUAUCAAACUGGUUAACUUUAAUGUUACAAACUGCAGGUGUGUUAGGGAAGUCUGCAGAGCCCUUCUACUUUAACUGGAUUAUUUGACUUGAUGCUGCAUUCAAAUUAUGUGGGAAAUAUAAUUUUACAGUGGCUAAAAUCCAUACUCUUAUGACAACAAUGGACCAUAUGUGAAACGGGGUCACUUAAAGUGAUGAACCCACAGAGAAUACUCACCCUGUCUUGAUCUUGACCCAAAAAGUAGAUACAACAACGUAGCCUACGUGUCCAGCACUAAACAUAAGGACAUCCUUAGCGUCUGAACCAGAUUUCUCCCUCAUGAGCGAAAACCAAAGAAAUUUGCUAAAAGAGAGACAAUAUUUAGGCUAAAUGUGUCUAUUGGCUAAAAACACAACACCUAAGAAGUGUCAACAUUGCUCUGUAUCCGCUGGAUGUUUGAAUAAGCAACCAUUUUCUAACAAGAUCAUCAGGUUAAAAGAUGAUGUCAACGCUUGUGUUUCUGCUGCCCUCAAGUGGCCAAGAGAAGCAUUUUUUUCUUAGCUCUAAUUUAGCAUUUCAUUACUAACAAUAAAUCCAGGCAUUAUAGUCCAAAAGAAAACCAUUUUAUUUGAUUAUGAAUUGGAAUUCUGUAUCAGUCUACCAACUGAAACUGGCGCCUACAGUUCCCAUAUUUCCCACGUGACUUGAAUGCAUCAUUAGUGUCAAAGUCAGGACUUGGAGCAGUUUCUCCCGAUCCAGAACUCAAACAUCAAACUCUCCGCCAAAGGGGAUUUUUUUUCCUGACGUGCAUCAGACCGCUAGCUUACCACAUGCCGCUGACUUUGGCCUGAUGUGAGACUGCUCUGACCGCCCCCCCCCCCCCCAUCAGAAGAGAAAUCUGCCCCGAGCUAAACUUUGCUGCAACCAGGAAUUUAGGCCCACGAGCAAAGAGAGACAUGUCUCUGAUAACUAAAGGUGAAUCUUUCAUUCAUCUGAAAGAGGAUUUGGGGAACAUGCCUGCAGGCUGUGAUGAUGUCAAAAAGGAUGCAGAGGAAGGAAGGGAAUAAUAGCUAAUACUAAGCAUGUAGGUGGAGAUUCAGGAAGUCAGACUUUCUAUCAGGUAAAAUAUGCUUUUUUCUUUCUGAAUACAAUUAAAUUAAUACAUCAAAACAAUACCCAAUGUGACAGAUACAAACAGAACGCUUAUUUAAAGUCACUCCUGUCUAGAUAUGGUAUAGUGAGAGUGCUUGUACGGCAUGUCCCUUUACCCCACACUUACCCACCCAUGAAUGUGAGAUUUAAUUUAAUUCAAGAUAUAAUGCUGGGGCAAGCAUGUCACUGCUUUGAGCUCUUUAAAGAAUGCCAGAUGUAUUUACUCUAUAAAGUAUGUAAAUAUAUUUAUUUUAUUUUGUAUAGUGCCCUCUUCAAUUUGUUCAGUAUUAAAGUUGAACGGCUUCUGAUGAUAUAUAUAUUUACUGUCUAUGGUUGGCUACAGAAUCUGAACGUGAAACAGAUUUGCUUACAGCUUGAAACAAUGUGCUGCAGAUGAGCUUCAUAUUUCUUUACACACUUUUUUUUUUAAUGUAUAAAUUAUACAACAGCUGCUUCGAGAAAACGGUGUGAGAAUUUGUGACCUCACCCAGCCACACACUGCCAGAUCACACCUCUUGCUCCGCCAUCUUUAUCGCUCGGAAACCAUCGACUUUUUAGUGUUUUCCCUUUAAAGUGACAAGAUCUGGUUUUCUGUAAUGAUCUGAAAUGUUUACAUCAUGAACGGAGUGUCUUCAGGUGUCAAGAAGUCGUGUGAAUAAGGGUUUACAAUGAGAGACUUUGUGUGUUUCUUCAUGAACAUGUCUGCUUGUGUGUGAAUCAUAUUUUUUUUUUAACAAUGAUCCCCUCCUCUCCCUGCCAAUGUAAAUGUUUUGUACGACUUCAUGGUUUGUAUAUGAGAAAUGCAUUGUAACAUCAUUUAAAAACCUUUGCAGUGUAAAACACGAGAAACUGAAAUGUCUUUUUUGUUGUUAUUUAUAAAAACAAAAUAAAUUAACUGUGAUGGAAAAUUA